CUUAUCUUAAGGAAAUGCAACUCUACUGUUUUAAACUAUACUCUUAUCCAAGUACCUCUAGAGAUGACUUAUUGUAAACUCAGUGUUGUGUUGUUGAAACAUGAAACUAAGUUUACAAGAAAUCCUUGUUUUUAAAAGUUCCCAAAGUGUCAUGCUGAUGAAUUAAUGAUCCAUUUUUUGUCGUAGGGUAUUUAAGAGGAUCCACAAGCUCCUGCACCCCAAAAUGUUGGUGAAAAACCAAAGUGAACAACUUUAUGAUCAUAAGUUAGAAAUCCCAUGAAUGAAUUAUUUUAUAGUCCCAUAGAUAUUAGCAGAUAAAACAGACAAGACUUGAUCAAGUGAUAGAAAUAAGCAACAGGGGAUCUCUGAGCGAUCAAUUAUGAGAGCAGAUUUCCUUGAUUGAGGUUAUGCAAACUGAUGCGUGAGAGCUGUUGUGUUUGUGUAUGUGGGUGUGUGUGUGGGAGAGAGAGGGCUGGGUGAGAGGGACCUUCUUUUCAUCAGUGACUUCAGGUUGAUUCAUCAAACUAUCCUCCAUCCAUCCUGCCCGCCCUCCAUCCCUCCCUCCUGCCUGCCUCAGGCUGUUGGUGGGACCGCCUGGCCCCGUUUGGGGAAUACUGAUUGGUUCCCACGCGGGCUGGACUAAAGCUCAAAAGAAUCCAGAACACCUUUUGUAUUUGGCUCCCUUGUAUAGUAAACUAAUGGUAAUCCUUCACUCAAAGUCAAAGAUGGGAUUGUUGGGAGUCAUAAGUUUUUCUUUAGCGCUGGUAUCUCUAACUCAGAUAUCUACCUGUAGUGCACAGGGGUGCAACAUCUUGUCAGCGACAGCCACAAGCUCCUCGUCGAUUCUGGUAAAAUGGGAAAAAUAUACAGGAGCAACAAACUACUUUUUGGACCUUCGGGUGAAAAACAGCACAAGCUAUGCACCUGUCGUGGUAACGCUGCCUGCGACCUCAACAAAAAGGGUCGUAAACGGUCUGAGACCAGGAACGGAGUACAGUGUAACCCUCAAAGUUUUUCAGUUCUACUUUGUGGUGUGUGUGGAUACAGAUAAGGCACUUACAGUCCCUGACACAUCGCAGAUAGUAGCUGGACAGGCAUUAUCAAGUUCUUCCAUCAAGGUAGAAUGGACAGAAGUACCUUCGGCGAAGCACUAUUACCUUUUGGUGAUCUCUCAGACAACCGGACAAGUGCUCAACCAAACCUACAGCAACUUCUCUGCAAUCGUGGGCAACCUGCAGCCCUCCACCAACUACAACUGCUAUGUCCUCACAGCAAACCACGCCGGGAUUGGGAGCAAAAGCAAAGUCAGGACCAUCACGACCUUGGUGGAGCCUCCAACUGACGUCACAGCUACUCAAACUGGCCUAGGUACAGCAAGGGUGACAUGGCAGCCCGUUGAAGACGUUCUAAUGUACCAAGUCACCGUUAGAGAUGCUGAUGAUCCCGGCAUCCUUCCAUCAGUGUACAAAGUCACAGACACCAAGAAGGAUCUCCAAAACAUGCUCCCAUGCUCCACUUAUCUGAUAUCCGUGUCCUCUUUCAACAAGUUCCUGGUGCCGAGCGAGCCCACAGAUAUUUCAUACACCACUAACAAGCUCAAACCAGUACCUUCAGUCUCCGUUGACUACACCUGCAACCCUCACUCUGCCGCGGUGCACUGGCAGGCUGUGUUUGGUGCAGACUACUACAUGGCAAAGGCAACAAGUGGAAACGGCACAGUGCUGAACUGCACCAGCCCCGGAACCAACUGUCAGAUUGAUGGACUGAGCUGUGGCCAGAGCUACGCGGUGCUUGUAAUACCCAUAUCAGAGAGCUGCAAAAACACACAUAACGCCACCGUGGUCACUUUUCAGACAGUUCCUUGUCCUCCUGAGAAACUGGAGUUGAUGCGAGACUGUUCCAGUGAAGUUAUCGUCUUUUCCUGGGAGCACACGAACAACACAGACCACUACAUGGCUAAAGCGGUGGACUCUCAGGGAGUCGUACAGGAGUGUCUAACUGAGGACAACUUCUGUCAUUUCACACACUCGGUCUGUGGACGACACUAUCAUUUCACUGUCUACUCCAUCGCAGGACAGUGCAAAAGCCAGAUGAGCUCUACUGCUGACAUCCGCACAGCCCCCUGUAUUCCCCAGAACCUGCAGACCUCAGCAGAUUGCAGUUCAGAUGUUCUGCUCAGUAAGUGGGACCUCGCUGAGGGGGCUUUAUACUACACUGUGGAGGCCUACGGCAAUAAGGGGACGAACAGCCAGUACAACUGCACCUCCAUGUCUAACAGCUGUGCUAUAGAAGGCCUCCACUGUGGGGAAUACCUGACUGUCUACAUCACAGCUUCAGAUAACGAGUGCACCAGCCCAAGGACACUGGGGCCUGUGGCUGAGACAGUCCCUUGCGCUCCUCGAAACGUAUCAGCAGUAAGGGAAUGUGGUGCCGACUCCAUCACAAUGUCCUGGAUAGGUGGAAGUGCAAUUUUCUACAUGGCCAUAGCAAUGGACAGUGAUGGCGCCAUUCACAGCUGCACAUCCAUUGAUUUGAUGUGUAAGAUCGAGGGUCUUAAGUGCAGCACCAACUACACAGCGUAUGUCAUCGCCACCAACCUAAUGUGCAACAGUUCUAAGAGCGAGAUGGUCACCAUCGAGACAGCCGCGUGCCCACCAGAUCACGUUGAUGCCUCUCUGGACUGUGCGGCCAGUGAGGCUCUGAUCUCAUGGCGUGGCCAGCCUGAGAUGAACUCUUACACCGCAACCAUCGAGGAUGAAAAUCAAGGUCUUCUCAGCUGCAGCUCCACCAACACUAGCUGCAGGAUACCCAACAUGAAAUGUGGCCAGAUGUACACUGUGACUGUCUUCUACCAUGAUGGCAUUUGUCCCAGCAUGCCUUCCAAAGCUAUCUACAUGGAGUCUGUUCCUUGUGGGCCCGAGCUGAAGGCCGAUUUAGACUGUCGGUCAGGAGAGCUCACCAUCGGCUGGAACGCUUCAAGUAAAGCAGAGGGCUUCAUGGCUGAUAUCUCAAACAGUGACAAGACAAUGACCUACACCACCUCAGAGCCUGCAUUAAGGAUCGACACACUGGAGUGUGGAAAAGAUUACACAGUGAAAGUGAUGUCCUACAACGGCACGUGUGUCAGUCAACCCUCAUUGCUACCUGUUGGACAAAUUCCAUGCGUGCCCACUAAUGUGGUGGCGAACAGAGUCUGUGGCCAGAGUUCUGUGCAAGUGACUUGGCUGGAAAGCCUUGGUGCUUUUUCGUACCAAGCAGCUGCAGUGGACAAAAAUGGGCAGCACUUGCUUUGCUCUUCUAAUGGGACAUCCUGCAGGCUGGAGGGCCUGAUGUGCAGCCAGGUUUACAGUGUGGGGGUGGCUGCUGUAAACCACAACUGCUCCAGUAACGAGAGCUCUGCUCAAACACUACAGACAGCACCUUGCCCUCCCUCUCAGUUCAACGCCUUAAUGAACUGUGCCAAUGACUCUGCCAUGUUAACCUGGAACAGCAGCCCCAAUGCAGUGUCCUACACAGGGAAGGCGGUGAACGCAGACGGACACUCUGUGACCUGUGAUGCAGGGAUGAACCUUGGUUGUCAGCUGUAUGGUCUGCAGUGUGGAAAGAAUUACACCUUCACUGUGUCAGCUUCGGACGGCGACUGUCAAAGUCCUGACAGCGAGCCAGUCAUACUUACAACAGCCCCAUGUGCUGUUCAGCACAUUGUCAACAUGCUGAACUGUAGCACCAACACACUGUCCAUCACCUGGGGGCCUGGAUCCAUGCCGGCAAACUACAGCGCCACUGCUCUAGCCGGAGAUGGAACUGAACUGCAAUGCAUGACAGAGGGGUCAAGAUGCGUAAUGACUGAUUUAAAGUGUGGACAGCAGUACAGUGUGACGGUCAGAGCCAUGAGCAACACGUGUGACGGACACAGCGGCGUACCACAAAUAGUUAAUUCUGUUCCUUGUGUUCCUGAAGGCAUCAGAGGUGUUGUAGACUGUGCUACUAACACGUUACAGGCAUCCUGGAAUGCAACAGCUGGUGCUGCGUCAUACAACGCCACGUUAAAGGGAACUGGAGGUUUUGUUUCCUCCUUCACUUCAAACAAUGAGAGUUAUGUAUUCUCUGGGCUGGAGUGCGCUCAGAUGUACAUGCUCAGUGUGACGGCGGUGAAUGACAGGUGUAUGAGCUCUGAGGGUGCUGUGAUCACAGCAAAGACAGCACCCUGUGACCCUACAAAUGUGGCUGCUUCCCUGCACUGCCCCACUGGUGUAGCGACGGUGACCUGGCUGCCCAGUGCUGGAGCAGAUGAUUACAAUGUCCUGGCUGAGGCCAACGGGCACAUGGACUCCUGUAAUUCCACGGGAGUGUCCUGUGAGCUGACCCAGCUACAGUGUGGGGAGGACUACACAUUGACUGUACUGGCUGGAGAUGGAAAAUGCGACAGCUCUGUACUCUCCAAAACCAAUGUAACAACAGCCCCCUGUGCUCCAGUGAUCCUGGACCACUCCCUGGAUUGUGUCUCUAACCACGCUUUGGUCACCUGGAUCGAGGACGAGGAUGCCAUGAGCGUCACCGUCAAUGCUUCCUCCAGCCAUGGGCACUCCACCUCCUGCAGCUCCUCCAACACCAACAGCUGUGUCCUGGAUGACCUGAUGUGUGGACGCACCUACACUGUGCAAGCUUUCGCACAAGGAUACCAGUGUUUGAGUGAACCUAGCUCUACUUUUCAGAUUGUCACAUCGCCCUGCACCCCUCCAAACGUAGAGCACACAUACUCCUGUGACACCGGCAUCGCCUUGCUAAGCUGGGACGAGACUUUGGGACGAGAGAGUUUCUACGCCCACGUCUAUUCUGAUAACCACAUGGCCUUCUGCAACACCAGCGAAACAGACUGCACCUUAUCCUCACUGCUCUGUGGUCACUUGUAUUAUGUGGAUGUGAUUGCUGUAGCUGGCCACUGCAACAGCAGUGUGCCCGGUCGAACACAAAUACAGACAGCCCCCUGUGCCCCCAUGAACCUCAGUGCUACCCUCAUGUGUGAGAACAACACAGCGUUGGUGAGCUGGGACCAAAGUGCCGGUGCGGUUUCUUACAAAGCCGUGGCCAACGGCAGAGACGGUGAUGUCAAAGCAUGCACCACAAACGACACAAGUUGCCUCUUACCCAACAUGCACUGUGCUCAGACCUACGUCAUCAUGGUCACUCCUUUCUCUGAAGGCUGCAAAGGCUUUGACAGCUACCCAUACAACUAUAUGGCAGGUCCCUGCCCUCCCACCAACGUUCAUGUGUCUCUGCAGUGCAUUGGCAACAUUGGCCUCGUAACCUGGGAUGCUGCCUUGCAAGCCGAUCUCUAUGUAGCCACGGCGGUACCUUUCGCUGCCGAUGAACAUGACCACACCUGCUCCUCCAAUGGAACAAGCUGCUCCCUCACAGACCUCCACUGUGGAGAGACUGCGAAUGUCACAGUGGUCACUAUUGAAAGAGGCUGCAUGAGCAAACCCAGUCUGCCUUUUACUUUCCAGUCAGUUAUUUGCCCACCGUCCGGAGUGAUUGGAGUGCCAACUUGCGCAAACAAUGACAUCACAGUAAGCUGGGACCCGAGUCCAGAAACGGGUGUGGAUUACUUCGUCCACUCUCAAAAAGAAGGGGGGUCCACAGAGAACAUCUCCACAACCCAGACAUCCCAUGUGCUCACCGGGCUGCAGUGUGGCGAGUUGUACACGCUGUCAGUUGCAGCCAGUGACUCUGAGUGCACCAGUAACCUCAGCGUGCCAAUUCAGACUGAAACAGCUCCGUGUCCUCCUACCAACCUGACAGUCAGAGUCGAAUGUGGCACCAACUUGGGAAAUCUGACCUGGGCUCCGAGUACCCAUGCCAUCUCCUACACAGCGACGGUGACCGGUACCCACGGCCAUGUCGUGUCCUGUACUUCAAACACAACCAACUGUGCAGUGAAGCUAGAUUGUGGACACCGUUACUCAGCGUUUAUGAUCGCUUCCAGUGCAACAUGCAACAGCAGCAGAGGAGAAUCUCUGAGUUUUGACUCUGCUCCCUGUCUGCCUGAUAACGUGGUUGCGCUCCUGGACUGUGAGGCCAACUCCUUCGCCGUGCAGUGGAGAGCAAGCGUUGUGGACACUGGCACUUACACUGCGCUCGCCAUUGGCAGUGAUGAAAGCCGUGUGAGCUGUGACGCUCUUACCACCAACUGCACCAUCGAGAAUCUGAAAUGUGGACUCAACUACAGCAUCGUCGUCACAACAUCAUCAGUCGACUGUGGCAUCAUUGAAGGCUCCGACUAUGUGAUGAUGUCAGCUCCCUGUAAACCAGUGGAUGUGUUAGUGAAUCUGCAAUGCAGCACGAAUUUGGCGUUGGUGACCUGGGGAAACUCUGGACCAGACCAGACCCAGGUGGUGUCUGCGGUUAACAACAGAGGAGGGGUAAUAGGCUGCAACUCCACCAACUCCAACUGCACCUUCAACCAGCUGAGAUGCGGAGAGACUUACACCGUCAGUGUGGUCGGCCACACGGACACAUGCAGCAGUGACGCAGCUGUUGCAGAAGCACCAUUACAAACAGCUCCCUGUGUUCCUACCCUCCCUGUGGCAUAUGUGGACUGCCAGACAGGUAUCACCUCAAUUACCUGGGACUCAGCGUUUGGAGCCACAUCUUAUACCAUCUAUGCACAUGGCAAUCUGGGGCACCACGCUGAACGUAACAGCACAGACACCAACUAUAACUUCCCCGACUUGCCAUGUGGGCAGAACUACUCCAUUACAGUGAUGGCUCGCCAUGAAACCUGUGUCAGUUUGGCCAGCCAGACUAUCUAUGUCUCAACAGGCCCAUGUCCCCACAGUAGUUUGAAAGCUAACCGGGACUGUAACACCAACACUGCUAUGGUGUCAUGGAUGCCAGGUAGUGGCAUCCUCUACUACAACGCCUCUGCUGAAGCCUUUGACAUCGUAGACCUGCAGGGCUGCUCCACAAAUGGCUCCUCCUGCAACAUCAGCUCUCUGCGCUGUGGGGAGAGCUACAGGGUGAGCGUCAGUGGACAGGGAGAGCGCUGCAUCAGUCCGGCCAGAGACUGGAACAGAAUCAUCACAGCUCCCUGCCCUCCAACCCAGCUCAUGGUCGACUCCUCCUGUGAAUCGAACAACAUCCUUGUGUCUUGGCAGGCCUCACAGGGCUCACUCUCUUACAUGGCAGUGGCUGAGAACAAAGAAGGCCGAGAGUGGUCCUGUAACACCACCAGCACAGCCUGUCAGAUUUCCAGUCUGCCCUGUGGACAGCAGUUUCAGGUCUACUCUGUUGGUGUUGAUGAUGAAUGCAUCGGAGCCAAGAGUAACAUUAAAGUGAUUCGUACAGCUCCGUGUGUGCCACAGAACAUACAGAACGACCUGGACUGUCUGUCUGGGGUCCUGAAUGUCACCUGGCAGUCGACAGGUUACUUUAAACAGUUCCGCACCUCUGUGGUGAGCAGCAAUGGGGACGUUAGCAUCUGCAAGACAAAUGAGCAUCACUGUGUAGUGCCAAACAUGCAGUGUGGUCUGACUUACAACGUGACAGUGUGGGCUGAAGAUGAGGCCUGCAACAGCUCCUACAGUAGCACAAUGCAGGUUGUUACAGCUCCCUGUCCUCUCACCACCUUCAUCCCAAACGUUGACUGUGCUACGGGCAUCGUGUCUGUGAUGUGGAGCAACAGCGUGUCCGGGGUCAUGUACACAGUGUCUGUGGUCGACACUGCAGGUAGCCGACACAACUGCAGCAGCGCAGACACCGGCUGUGAUCUUACAACACUGGAGUGUGGGACAAAAUACAACGUCACUAUCACACCAUCCAGGAAUGGAUGUGUGGGAAGAGACAGCCCCACACAAAUGAUUACAACAGUUCCCUGCAUACCUCUAAUCUCUGAGGUGGAGAUGGACUGCCUGACCAACUCGGCCUGGGUGAUGUAUGAAGACACAGCAGGAGCCGAGGACUACGUGGUGAUGGCGACAGACAGUCAGGGUGAUGUCCAGACAUUUGAAUGUAACGUCACUUCAGACAGGACAUGUGCUCUGCCUCCUCUGAUGUGCAGCAAAAACAUCACCUUCACCCUGAAGGCCCACGACCAGCAGUGCUUCAGUGCACCCAGCAAUGCAAUGACAACUGAGACAGCUCCCUGUCCUCCUGAGAAUGUAAAUAAGUCAGUGGGCUGUGACAAUAACACUGUUAGCAUCGCCUGGUCAGCCGUCCCUGGUGCAGUCUCGUACACGGCCACGCUGGAGCAGCUGAACCGGGGCUCCACCUGCUGCACCACCUCCAACACUGGCUGCGACAUCACUGAUCUGCCGUGUGGAGAAAUGUACAUUCUGCUUGUGGUUGCUGAAGGACUGACAUGCAACAGCUCUCAGAGUGAAGGAGAGAUCGUUAGGACUGUGCCAUGCGUUCCUCAGGACCUCAAAGCCAACCUGAGCUGCAGCGACAACGUGGCCUCCAUGACGUGGAACCACAGCAAAGGAGGACAGUUUUACACCGUGAAGGCAGUCGGGGAUGAUGGCCUUGUGGACGAGUGCAGCAAUCAUGAGAACCAGUGUGACCUGACUGGUCUGCGCUGUGGACAGUUGUACACAGCAACUGUGACCGCCGAAGAUAUCAACUGCCAGAGCAAACCGAGCGAGAGCGUGGAAAUCAAGACAGUGCCAUGCACCCCUGAGAACGUCUCCUCUGUGAUGGACUGUGAGUCAAAUGCUCUGGUUGUUUCCUGGCUCGAGAGCUCAGGAGCAGACUCCUACCUCGCCACAAUGCGGGACAGUAACGGUCAGACCACAACCUGCCAGGGCACGACUGAGGGCUCCUGCAACGUGACAGGAGUUGGCUGCGGUCAGAUCUACCGUGUCUCUGUGGUCUCCUCUGAUGGAUACUGCGACAGCCCGUCAACCCCUGAGGUUGAAACGCCUUCAGUUCCCUGCAAGGUGAGAAACAUUGAGGCAGUGAUUGACUGCUCCGAGCAGACGGCGAUGGUGAGUUGGUACCCAAGUAAUGGAGCUUGGAUGUAUGAAGUCACAGCCAACACGGCGUCAGGGCACAACGUCAGCUGUGAGGUCAACACCACCAACUGUGACCUGGAGGGGCUGCUUUGUGGGGAGAGCUACUCUCUGUGUGUCACGGCUGUGGGAGAGAGCUGCAGUAGUGUCGCCUACAUGACAGGAGAGCUGGUCACUGAGCCAUGCAUCCCUGAACAAAUCAGCACUCAGUACAGCCUGACGAUCGGACACGUGCUGUGGGACGUGGCUGCGGGUGCCGAUUACUACACGGUUGAAGGUGUAACAGCUCAGGGCCUGACUGUCUCCUGCAUCACCAACGACACUAACUGUGCUCUUUAUGACAUGAAAUGUGGACAGAUGUACAGCAUCAACGUCACAGCAAGUAACGAUGUGUGCAAAGACUUGUCAACCUCAACUGAAGACGUCGUCAUUACAACAGAGCCUUGUCCACCCAACAACGUGCAGACCAGUGUGCAGUGUCAGACAGACAUGGGGACAGUGUCGUGGGAGGCCAGUAAUGGUGCGAUUGGCUACGAGGCUCAACUCAUUGGUCGUGAUGGCCACUCUCUGUCCUGCUUCACCAACAGCACGUAUUGUGAGGUAGAGGGCCUCCAUUGUGGAAUCGUCUACUACACCAGUGUCAUUGCCAUCGGAGAGACGCUCAACAGUAUUAGUUCAGCCUCUGUCCUGCUGGUCCCGGCUCCCUGUGCCACUGAAAAUGUGGAUGCUGCCCUAGAUUGCUACAACAACACGGCUAAUAUCACCUGGAGCUGGGCAAUCGGAGCAGACUCAUACGUUGUGAAUGCCGUGGCAACAGACGGCCACAGAGCUUCAUGUGAGACGAACAAGUUGGAGUGUAAUUUACCUGAGCUGCGGUGUGGUCAGACGUACAACGUCAGCAUCACAUCCAUCAGUGACAACUGUCAGACUGAGGAAUUCACUAAUGCCACCUUCAGCACACGGCCUUGUAAACCUUUACGUGUUGGAGUGGAUCUGCAGUGUGGGACGGGGGAAGCCGACAUGCACUGGGGGGAAAGUGACGGAGUGGAGCUCUACAUGGCAACUGCCACCAGCAGCACAGGAAUGACUCUGCAGUGCAACUCCACCAACUCCACCUGUCAGUUCUCCAACCUGCAAUGUGGGGAGACGUACAAGUUUACCGUAGCUGCAUACAAUGACAUGUGCUGCAGUGAGAUCAGCAGCGCCGUGGAGGUAAAGACAGAGCCCUGCCAGCCGACGGGUCUGACAGUCUCUGGAUCCUGUAAUAAUGAGACAGUGGUGCUAGAUUGGUCAGAGGCUGAUGGAGCAUCAGUCUAUGAAGUGAUGGUCACAGGAGAGCUGGGAUACAUCACAACUUUCAGGACUGGAGAGACGACAACAGACGCUGAGCUGCCCUGCGGACAACUUUACACUUUCACUGUGAAAGCUCAGGAUGAUCGAUGUGCAAGCCCUGAAAGCGUGCCUGAAGAAUUCAAGACAGGGCCCUGCAUACCUCAGCAUGUAGAGAGUUUUACACCCUGUGAGAACAACACUGGUUCUGUCAGCUGGGCAAAAAGUGACGGGGCAGAGUCCUACAUGGCCAUUGCAGUUGGACAAGAUGGCCACACCCACAUGUGUACCUCAAACGGCACCAUCUGCUCCUGGGACGACCUGCACUGUGGGGAAGUGUAUACCGUUCAUGUUGUCGCCAAUGACUACCUCUGCAGCAGCAUGCCAAGCAACAGCACCUCAAUACGCAUGGCUCCCUGUAUCCCUCAGAACUUGGAUUCAUCUGUGAACUGUACCUAUAAGUUUGGAUCGCUGACAUGGGACCCCAGUGAGACUGCGGAGUAUUACAUCGUGACAGCAGAGACCAACAGUGGCCUCAAAGUGCAGCUCAGCACCAACGACACCUGGACCUUCAUUUCUGAAUUCCUGUGCGGAGAGGAGUACUUCCUGUCUGUUCAAGCUGCCGACUCUGAGUGCACAAGUCUCCCCAGUCAGCCCUCAAUGCUUCAGUCAGUGCCCUGUCCCCCCACCAACGUCUCCAGCGCCAUAAACUGCCUCUCUAACAUCGCUGUGGUCUCGUGGACCGGCUCUGCUGGAGCACAGUUCUACACCGCCACAGUGACGCAGGAAGACGGAGAAACUAUGAGCUGCUGGUCCGACAGUGAGGAGUGCGGCAUGCCAAACCUCAACUGUGGACAGGGCUACACGGUGACAGUCGUCGCCUCAAACGACAAGUGUGACUCUGACCCGACAGAGGGGGAGCCGCUGCAGUCAGUGCCUUGUGUUCCUACUGAUGUGGAUGUGAAGAUAGACUGCUCUACAAAUGAAGCUGUCGUGUCCUGGACUGCGAGCGAGGGCGCUCUGUCCUAUAAAGUGUCAGCUCAGAGCAGACAGGGAGACACGUUGGUUUGUGAGAGUACGACCCUCAUGUGUACUUUGACCAACCUGACCUGUGGCCAGUCCUACUCCAUCCAGGUGGUGGCCGAGGAUGAGAUUUGCUCGAGUUUACCCAGCCCAGCUCAAGAGCUCAAAUCAGUUCCCUGCACUCCUACAAACGCCUCUGUUGUUCUGGACUGCUACACCAACUCUUUCCUCUUGGAAUGGGCCUACGCUGAGGGUGCUGUGAACUACACAGCAACAGCCCGCUCCGCUAGCGGCCACGUUUCCACCUGCAGCACCAACUAUACAAACUGCGAGCUGCAGGAGUUGCAGUGUGGUGAGACGUAUGAUGUGGUUACUGUGGCCUCAAAUGAGAUUUGCAGCAGCCCUCCAAGCUCCAGUUUGCAGGUGGAGUCAGUUCCUUGUCCUCCUGAAGACGUCACGACUUCUCUGGAUUGCUCUACAAACACCGCUGUGGUGGGGUGGCGGCCGCGAGGAGGAGCCGACUCCUACAUCGUCCAGGCCUUGGGUUUGGAAGAACAUGAAUCUGGCUGUGAGACCGAGUCUGAUUCCUGCACUCUUCCAGACCUGUUGUGUGGCUUCACCUACAACAUCAGCGUGAUUGCCGUCAACGGCGUUUGCAACGUCUCCCAGAGCGAAACGACACAGCUGCAUGCAGCUCCCUGUGCACCACAGCAGGCGGAGGCCCGGGUGGUUUGUGAGUCAGGUGCCGUGUCAGUCUCUUGGGAGCCUGGCAAAGGGGCAAUAUCAUACACCACAGUUGCACAAGGCAGCGGCGGCUAUGCGUCAACCUGCAACAGCACCAUGACAACAUGCCUGUUCAGUGAUUUGCUGUGUGGCCUCAACUACUCCAUCACUGUUAGUGCUUCUGAUGGGACGUGCAGCAGCGCUGAUAGCUAUGCCACAGAGAUCAACACAGUGCCAUGCAUCCCACAGAAUGUGACAGCAGAGAUGGUGUGCAGUGAUGACACAGGUGUAGUGACAUGGGAAGAUGAAGAGGGCGUGUCCUCCCACAGAGUGCAAGCUUAUGGUCCUGAUGGUCACAUGAUGGAGUGUAACAGCACUGAAACCAGCUGCCAGUUGCCCAACAUGCAUUGUGGUCAGCUCUAUAACCUGACAGUGACAGCUGAGGACGGCGAGUGUGACAACAGCAAUGCUUACCUCACUCUGCAGUCUGUGCCUUGCAAGCCAACCAAUGUUAAGGCUGCUUUGCUGUGCCAUUCAAACUCUGCUGCGGUGACGUGGGAACGAGCCAGUGGAGCGCUCUCUUAUCUUGCAGUGGGUGUAACAGAAGAUGGAAGCCACCAGACUGAAUGUAACAACACAGUGACCCACUGCGAUCUGACUGACCUGCAGUGUGGACAGACCUACAACGUGACCGUAUAUGGCGAGGACGAGUACUGUUCCAGUGUGGAGAGUGACGUUGCUUACAUGCGAACAGCCCCCUGUCCACCCCAGAAUCUGGCUGUCAAUGCCCAGUGUGCAGAUGGCGCCAUGACCAUCUCCUGGAUGUCAAACCCUGAUGCUGAAUACUUUCACGCGGCCGCAGUGAGCAACACUGGAGCAAGACUGUACUGCAACUCCACUGGCACUGCCUGCACCAUAAACGACCUGCCGUGUGGACAGACUUACAAUGUUACCACGCUGUCUGUCAGAGACGACUGUGAGAGUCAACCGAGUGCUGUGGUGGCGAGUUCAUCAGCUCCAUGUGUGCCCAGCAAAACGACUGGCCGCCUGGACUGCGUGUCAAACUCUGCCUGGGUGACAUGGGAUCCCUCAGAAGGAGCCCACAGCUACCAUGUUAUGGCCCAGGGGGUCGGAGGUCACACCGCCAACUGCACCACCGCCUCCUCUCCCUGUAAUGUCCCAGAUCUGAACUGUGGGACGCUUUACACUUUCUACGUCACUGCUGUCAACAAACACUGCAACAGUAGUAACAGCACCACCUUUGAGCUCGAAACAGGUCCGUGUGCUCUCACGUCCAUCAAUGCAGUGACACAAUGCAACAGCGACACCAUCCAGGUGGAAUGGGAAAUGACAGAGGACACGCCUGUCUACGUGGUGACGGCUGAGGGUCACGACCAAUCCAUCAUCUCCUGUAACAGCUCCUCUAACUCAUGUGAACUCCAGGACGUACAGUGUGGCAUGCAUUACAGUAUCAUCGUAUCAGCUUCCUCUGAUAAGUGCAGCAGCCUCAGGAGCCCACCUAAGAAGAUUAAAACAGCCCCGUGUGCUCCAGACAAUGUGACUGCAGAACUAUCCUGUGAGGAGCAUGGAGCCACAGUGAUGUGGGGACACUCCUCAUUGGCUGUAUCCUACCUGCUGACAGCGACUGGUAUGGACGGACAUGUCGUGAGCUGCAGUACCUCAGUGAACAACUGCACACUGGCUCAUCUGCACUGUGGACAGAUGUACAGCUUAAACAUCACAGCGAGAGGAGAGAACUGCACCAGCCUGCCCAGCACUUCAACCUUCAAAACAGUGCCCUGUGAGCCCUCUGGUCUUGAAGUGGAUAUCAGCUGUGAAACAAGUUCAGCCACCUUGGCUUGGGAUGCCACCGAGGGAGCCGUGGAGUAUUUUGGCUGUGCACGACCUUUGGAUGGAGAGCCUCUGUACUGUGACAGCAUUGUCCCCUUCUGUGUCAUUGAGGGCCUGCAGUGUGGAGACAUUUAUAACUUCUCUGUGGAAGCUUCUAACGGUGUCUGCAACAGCUCGUUCAGUGCACCUCUGCAGGAGGGAGCAGCUCCAUGCGCUCCGACUGCUAUUAAAGUCCGAAUGCAGAGAAUAGGACAAACUCACUGGGCCAUGACGUCGUGGGACGACAUUGACUGUCCAGAUGUGGAGUACCUUGUGGAGAUUACUGGUCGAAUCCAAGACAGCCCACAGGCCGUGAUGGAGGUGUCAUCUUACUGGCUUCCCAGGCCCUACUAUGAGUUCCCGAUGCCUUGCAGCACGGUGUAUAACCUCACUGUACGUGCCAGAAACUCGGGAGGGGUCAGUGAGCCAUCCAGUGCUUUUGCAGGAGUCACAGUCCCCUGUGCUCCUCAGAAUGCGGCGUACACCGGUAGCAGACAGUCUGCUGUACUCUCCUGGGAUGCUUCUCUGUUUGCAACAAGCUACACCGUCUACGAUGUGUCAGGAGCAAACCGUGUGGAGCUUUGCAACACAACUGAGCUCUCCUGCCAGCUCACUAACUUUGAUCCUGACAACACGACAGUAACAGCCAGCAACGAAGGAGGAGAGAGCAAUGCUAACACAGAUAUUACAGGUCCAGCAAACCUUCGCAAGAGGAGAGAUUUGAGGAUCAGUGAAGUCUUUGCCCAUUUAGACAAUGGUCUUGAAGUCCCAAAUUCGCCGAAUGUAACAGUAAGUGGAGUUUCUUUGCAUGUGACGUGGACAGCAGUGAAGGAUGCAAACGAGUACACGCUUGUGAUUGAAGAGAAACAGAAUGAGCAGCAGCCGCCAAGAGUGAGAACCGUGGAAGGUGAUCACUUCACAGAGACUGACCUUAAGCCCCAGACCACCUACAGCAUCAGGCUUAGAGCCAAAAACACCAUCAGCCAAAGCAUAUACACCAGACCAGUGAACAUAACAACUGGUUCCCCCUGAUGUGGUGCCACACACCCAUUUAAAUUGACCAUGAACUCAGAAAUGAUUAUAUGUUUAACUUCUUCUCCCUCAUACAGAGUUGUUGCCACUUUGAUCUCUACGAAAUUUAGGAAUAAAACUGUAAAAAGAGAUAAAUUACGACUUAAAAGAUUUAAACAAAUUAUUCUGUCAGGGUUAACAUCGUAUCUGUCACAAAUAAUGAUCAAACUGAGGAGAACCUUUAGAUAUGGAUUGUAAUUAGCUCUAGAUUAUAUACAUUUAAAUAUUUUAAUUAUUGUGGCUAAUAUCCUAGCGGCAUGUGGCGCAUUAUAGCUAUCAAACAAAGUAUUGCUGAAAUUAUAUUUAUCCAAAAUUGUUUUAUUUUUGAGAUAGGCUUUUAGGAUUCCAGGAUGAUUGUUACGCUAAAAGUAGAGUGGAGAAAGAUAAUUUAUCAAGUAAUAUUUUUAAAACCAUGCAGUAUGUUUUCUUUUCCUAUGUGCUAUGUGACUGCUCAUCAUGUGACCCCUGGUGGAUCUUUUUCUGAAAUGAAGGAACACAAUAAAAUGUUGAUAAAUAAACCCCAGUGUGAAAACAUUA